UGCACUACUACCGCCAACCUCGGGCAAUCGUAACCAUCUCUCUCUCUGGAUAUCACUGCCAGACAUAUGCAAUAUCUGGGAUCCGCAGCUGUGGUGUUGUUCUCCAUGAAUCACGUCCGCGAUGAGGUCACUCUGGGGCUGAUUAGAGAGCAUGGCGAGAUCUAGACGUGAUGUCUCUCUAACAAUAUUUCUAAUAGACCUUGCGUCAUGGUGCUAAAGACCGAUGUCUUCCUCUAUGGCCCCUUUUCGAGCCCCUCUGGGUGGCUACUCUCAGAUCUCCAGCAGUGUCUCCCGUACGAAUCGUCCGGAUUCCUCGGGUGGACUCCAGGACUGUGCCUGAGGCACCGAUCGUCGUUGUGCGUUAUGCUUUCAUAUUUCCUACAGAAAUAGAAUCCGACGCGGUAUCGCAAAAUAUCACACCUGGAGCACCACGAUUGUCCGAGUCGGAAUCGCUUCAACGAAGCACAGAUGAUGCACUCCGGUCAAUAGGGGAACGAGUUGGGCCCAUUUCGCCUCUCCCGCACAUUCUCGGCGUACAAUAUGUCCAUUGCCGAAGCACGCACAGGCACACACCAACCAGCUGAGCUCUCAGGUGGUCUCUGUAUGCCCACAGAACGACAUAAAUAACCGAUCCCGCUCGCGAUUCACGACAUCCAGGCAAGCUUCGUGGCGCCUGCUCCGUCUUUGCUUAUACAGGCGCAACAUAGACCUCCGAUCCGUUCUUCUCCUUUUUUCGGCGCCUCCUAACUCUUCCGGCUUAUAAACGGCCGUCAAUUCAGUUCGGCGGAAAUCCAGCGUCUUCCAUCUCUUAUCCUCCAGCCACACAUUCAAUUCCUUCGCCCCUCAGACCCUAUUUGCAAACAUGAAGCCUUUCUCCUCUACCGUUCUCGCCGUUGCUAUAGCGGCGCUCGGCGCCACUCAAGGUGCCGCCAGGCCCGUUGACAAGCAGGAGCUCGAAGCUAGGCAAUUCGGAUUUGGAGGCUUUGGCAACGGCUUCAGUAAUGGUUUCGGCGGUUUCGGAGGCGGCUUCAACAACUUUGACAAUGGCUUUGGUUUCAACCGUGGUUUCGGCUUUGGCAAGCGCGACGUCGAGUCCGAGGUUGAGGCCCUCGCUGCCCGCGACGCUGAGGCUAAUGACCUUGAAGCUAGGCAACCCGGAUUCGGCCGUUUCGGCAACAACGGCUUCGGCAACAACGGCUUCGGCAACAACGGCUUCGGCAACAACGGCUUUGGCUUCAGCGAUUCCAGCAGCUUUAGUGACUCCAGUUUCAACAGUGACUCCGAGUCCAGUAGUUUCAACCGUGGCUCCAACAGGGGUGGCUUCUUCAAGCGCGACGCCGAGGUCUGUCUGCCGUUACUCUCCAAGUAUUCAUUACCGCUGAUAUUGGGACGCCAGGGCGACCAAACUGAGCAAGCGCAGAGCCCGGCGGAAGGCGCCUCCGACGCCACACCCGCCGACGCAUCCGCCGACGGUACUACGGCACCCGAGGGUGAUGUCAGUUCCUCUUACAUGCCCAAUAAUUAUGGUGGUUAUCAUCCUCCCUACGGCGGUUACAUGCCCAACAACUACCCUUACAAUCGGCCGUAUGGGAACAGUCGUCCUUACGGAAACAACGGCUACGGGAACAACAACCACUACGGGAAUAACAACGGCCACGGGAAUGACAACAAAUACGGGAAUAACAACGGCCACGGGAAUAACAACGGCCACGGGAACAACAACUACGGGAAUAACGGCCACGGGUACUAG